AUGUCUUUGCAGCCACAGCAGCAGCAACAGCAGCCAGUUCUGGUUUAUCCGGCCAACACCGUCGCAAGGCAGCCACCUUCACACCAUUCAAAUGGAUCAUUCGGGACAGUUUUCAUCGUCCUGGCCGUAAUCAUCGCUGUAUCGGCAAUUGCUUGCUGUCUUGGCCGGCUCUGCAACCGGCGCUACAUAAACCGAAGACCUAAGCAAAACCACGGCCAUUCCCGUCCCAGAGAAAACGGGGACAUUGAGCACGCGAGAGGCGGAAUGAAGGCUGGCGAUCAUGGAGGAGAGCCGAGAGAGUCGAGAACCGGUGUACCGUAA